AAAAAUACUAAAAACUCAAAGCGAUCGAGUUAUUAUUAAUGGAGUACGAUUUUUGAAAAUAAUGAUGUUUUGUAAAGUAAGACUCUACAAACAAUUUUUUCACUCAAAAACUAAAGUGAUUAAAAAGUGGAAAUUUUGAGGACUUUUUCCUAAUAAUUCAAUGUAAAAAAUACUAUAAACUCAAAGCGAUUGAGUUAUUAUUAAUGGAGUACGAUUUUUUGAAAAUAAUGAUGUUUUGUAAAGUAAGACUUUAUAAACAAUUUUUUCAUUCAAAAACUAAAGUGAGUGGAAAGUUGAAAUUUUGAGGACUUUUUCCUUAUGAUUCAAUGUAAAAAAUACUAAAAACUCAAAGCGAUUGAGUUAUUAUUAAUGGAGUAACGAUUUUUUGAAAAUAAUGAUACGCGAUAAAUGUGCCUGAAGAGCUUAAAAUACAUAGAAAUUCAGUUUUGUGAAACUUUUGAGAGAUCACUUUUGGGUUAAUUUGGAUCCUAAAUUGUAGAAAUGGUAAACCUUAUCGAAAGCCGAGAAAUGAGAAUAAUCAAAUUUUGAAUCUAUUUCAGCCAGAUUCCAUGUUAAACAACUCAAAAUUAAUGACACCCAACAAUAGGGUUCCAAAUAGUUCUAAGAGGAAUUUUGAAUCAAACUUACUUAACUAUAAUUCUAAAGCUCAUUAUUAAGUGGUUAUCGAAAAGGAAUUGGAUUUGAAUAAACGUUUCUACGCCAAUGAUACAAACAAAAAAAAAGGAAAAAAAAAACCAAAGACCCCCAUCAAUUACCUUUUGUCUACACUACAGGAACCAUGCUUUGUGGUUACGCAGACAGGGUUUUUCAGUAUUUGCACGUCGACUUUUAGGUACCGUAACUUGACUUUUGUAAUAUAACGUUAGGUAGUUUUUUUUUAUAUGUGCCUAUGUUGUAGUAGGUACUUUAACUGUUUAGAAAAAUAAUUAUUCUAACGUGCUUGGGGUUUUGUGAAUCUUCCAAGCAAGCAUGUUUGAGCCACACUUUAAAGAGAAUUUGAAGACAUUUAAGAACAUCGAUCUAUUUUGAUUACGAAAGUUUUCUCUGCAGUAUGACCACAAGAUCUUUCUGGAACAUUUUGAACAUCGUUCCUGGAAAAUCUUUAAUAUUAUGAAUUCUCAUGGCUAAAACUCCUUCAAUUCAAUCCAAUACAAAUCAGCUUUGCCUUUUUUUUUCAAAAAAUAAUUGCCCCUGUUUUCACACUGCCCCUAUAUACGAUAAGGACUUUGAUAUCGAAAUCGUUCUUCCAUAACAUUACAAAAAGCAGUUUCCGGUCUUAUGAGAGUUGCAAGAACAAAUUAUGUAAACGAAUUUCUUCCAUUCAAAAUCCUAAGCAAUAAAUAAUGAGUCGUGUGACAAAUUCCUGGUUCCUGCAUACAAUUGGCAAACAUUAAAUUUGCUUGUUAAUUAGCCAAGUACAAUGGUGCAAACAUUUUUCCCAAACUUGGGAAGUGAAAGUGUUUUUCUCCUAUAAUUUAUUGCAAAUGUUAGAUGAGAUGACAUAUAUUAUAUUUUUGUCGGGCCACAUUAGAGUAUAAAUGGGUCCGAUUAUGUGUUUCUAAAAUUACUUUUUCAGUUUGGGAGACUGCGUUUUUACAUUCCAGAGGUUUUGGUUAUUUUUAGAUUUUUUUUUUCUAGGAAAAUGUUAAUUGUUAUUUAAUAUUUAUGUAUAUUGUAUAUCCAUCAGGUAUAGAAGUUAAAUUUUAUUGGCACACAGAAAAUAAAUAGAUUAAAUCCUAAUUAGAGAGUCAAAUAUCAAACGAAAUUAACAUAAGAUUUGAUUUCAUUGUCCUUUUGUUAGGGAAGCCAAAUUUUGGUCCCAUUUGCAGGCUGAUUUUUGAAGGAUUUCUGAGAAACUGCGGUUAAUAGAGGCAGAUUUUGCAUGGAAGUGGACAGAUGUUUUGGUGACCUUUUAUUUUUUGAUUUUAUAUAUUAAAUUUCUGAAUGAUUCUGAAUUGAAAAAGUACCAAAAAUUUUAACAUAAUUAUGAGUAGUGGCAGAAAUCUUCUAUAAUAUUUGAACAAAUUGAUAUACAUUAUACAUCAUUCGAAAGAGCAUUAAAUUUUCUAUAAAACUUCUCUAAUUAAUUUCAAGUAGGUAUUAGUUUCUGAGAUAUCCAGCUUCAAAGUUGAGUUUCAGUCGAGACAAAAAUUUAAUUCCUUAGAAAAAGUACUAAAAUUCUAACAUAGUUAUGAAUAAUUGCAAAAAUCUUCUAUAUUAUUUGAGCAAAUUGAUAUACAUUAUACAUCAUUCGAAAGAGCAUUAAAUUCUCUAUAAAACUUUUCAAAUUAUAGUUUCCGAGAUAUUCAGUUUCAAAGUUAAGUUUUAGUCGAGACAAACUUCCUUAGAAAACGUACUAAAGUUCUAAAAUAGUUAUGAAUAAUUGCAGAAAUCUUCUAUAAUAUUUGAGCAAAUUGAUAUACCUAAAUUAUACAUCAUUCGAAAUUCUCUAUAAAACUUCUCGAAUUAAUUUCAAGUUGCUAUUAUAGUUUCCGAGAUAUCCAGCUUCAAAGUUGAGACAAACUUUCAAAGUAGAUACAAAGUACAUACCAACAUUAUUUGAAUCGUACUAAAGUACUUACCUAAAUUUAAAAAAAUAGCAAAUUAUUGUUCUUACCUUUCUGUAACGUACCGGCGAAUCCAGGGACCGAUUCAAAUCGAGUCCAUUAUUAGUAAAAUUGUCCCUAGUUUCUUCACAAUUAUUAUCAUCAGUACUUUUUUUCGCAACUUCCUCGUUUUUAGCAACAACUUUAUUGUAUUGCGAAUUCACCGCAACGCUACGCGCAAAACAACUUUUAAAAAGUUCGGUACCGACUUCCUUAUCGCACAUUAUAAUUCUUAUCAGAAAAAAAAACUAUUCGAAUAAAUUUAAAUUUUAGUUUUUUUACAUAGCAAUUUCACAGUUUGCGGUCAAAUAGAGCAAAAAUAUUACUCGGUACUUAUGGAGCGGUGGUACCAGUACCAUCGGCGACCUGCGCGUCAAGUCACAAGUUUAAAACUAAAGCCGAUUUCAGUAGUACUUGAGUCUUUUCGCUCUUCAAUGGAAUAUUCAAAAAUAACGCGCGCUUGUUAUCAUGUUGCGCAUGUCAUACAUCCCAGAUUGAAAUUGUAAAUAGAAUUCUAUUUAAUGAGAUUUUCGGUUUAUUUUGUUUAUGCUUGUUUUAACAAUAAAGAAGAUAUCGACUUUAACAAGUAAUUGCAAAUUUAUCAUAACGAGGAGCUAUCAAAACAUUUCUAGUUGAGUUGAGGACACAUUUUAAGUAACAUAGAAUUCUAUUUACUGAAGUAAUAGCAGAGGGCUUAUCGAUACAAUAAAACAGUUUUUGAAUUAUCAUACAGUUUUGUAUAUUUUCGUAUGGUUCUACAUUCAUAGGUACGCCACUGGUUCUCUUUCCGCAAAUUCAAGAGCCGGGAAUAAACAAAAAUCGAGCGGGAAAAAUUGAGACAUAAACAAAAAAAACUAAUAUCGAUACAAAGUAGAAACUUUGAAAGAAUAUGGUAUCGAUACCUAUGGAUAUCGAUAAACUCUUCUCUAAUGGUAUUACUGGUUAGUAGAAUUAGAUGCAAAGAAAAUGUAGCUCAUUUAUAUCUGUUUCUUUAAUAAUCUGAGGGAAAAAGACGGAAAUAAACUCAGUGUCCAUCAAAUCUAAUCAUAAGAUAAAUUCUAAUUCGACAAUAUCGAUAUUUCAAAAAUAUCCAUCCCUAAAAUCACGAUACACGUCAUAACCUUACUUUUGUUUACUUGUUUUGUUUGUUUAUUUUGAAAUAAACUUUUUUGAAUUUGAAUUUUGAUAGGAGAAAUUUAAAUUAUAAAUCUACAAAAUUAUGUCCGUAUUGAAAUGGACGAAGAUGUUGCAAUUGCGACAAGCAGUGGUUUGAAUGAAGACAUUUCAGUGAAUGACAUUCAGGAGCCCCUUUCUCCUAUAAUAGGAUCUGGAAGAAAGUUCAUUAAGUUCAAAUCUAGAAGAAAACGCAAGCUACAAGAAAAGGUAGAAAGUGUUCCAGAACCACCGGAACUCAGGCUCCAAGAAAAUGUAGAAAGUGUUCCAGAACCACCAAAACCCAGGCUCCAAGAAAAGGUAGAAAGUGUUUCAGAACCAAAAUCCUCUGAUAGCUUUGUAGAAAGUGUUCCAAAAUUGAAACUUGAUUGCUUAAAAUUGAAAAGCGCUAGAAUUAAGUUAGAUGAGGCAUUUGAAAAUGUACCCACUACUAGUAAGUGGGAUGUAAGUGAGAAUCAAGACAUUAUUUUAAGAAUUGAGAAAUUAGAGGUCUUAAAAGUGGAAAAAACUGAUUUAGUUAGGGCAAUUAGUUUCAAACCACCUGAAAUUAUUCCAAAUGUUGACAAUAUGAAAUUUCUGGUUGAUAUUGAACAUUCUACAAGCUCACAAAGUGGUAAAAAUGAUUCAGUUAAUUCCAAAGAAUCUUUCAAUAGUGGAGAAUUUCGUGGAUUUUCUAAAUCUUCUAUAGAAAAAUCAAAACUAGAGCUAGAAGCAUUCCAAUCUAAUGCAAAUUUCAAGUUAGAAAGCUCCCAGAAGAUCCAAACAACAACUAAAGGAGAAAGUUUAGGGUUUAAAAAGGCACUUUUCGGUUUUGUAAGACAUGAUUCAAUACCAAAGACAUCUACUAACAAGGAUAAAAAAUUGCCAAACAAUAUAUUUGAAGGAGAAUCUUUCAAUGAUUUAAACUUGGAAAACAAUAUAGGCUUCAAAAAAGCAUCAGAUGCUUUGCAAAAUGAUUUAUCAAAAAGUAUAGGCUUCAAAAAUGCAUCAGCUCAACUAAGGAUAAAACAAGAUUUUAGUUUAUCAUCAUCUAAAACUAGUUUUAAAAACAUUUUUGAAGGAGAGAACUUUGACGAUCUGAACUUAAAAUCUUGUGGUUUUCAAUCUGCAUCAGCCAACAUGCAAAAAACUUCUGGAAAUAUUUUUGAAGGAGAAAAUUUCGAUGAUCUGGGUUCGAAGUUUGGGGGUUUUCAAACAGCCAAUAUGCAUCAUAAAAAGCCAAAAUUUGAAGGUGGGAAAGCUGUGGCAAGGAAUAUUUUCGAAGGGGAAAAUUUCAGUGACUUGGCAGGUAUGAAACCCAUAACUACGCUACCACCGAAAUCCAUCAGUAAAUUUCACACUCCUUUUAAGACGCCCUUGAAAAGUCCAUCAAUAAGUUUCACUGAUGAAGUACAACGACCUUCAAUAAAUACACCAGACAGUGAUUUAUUGAAAAAAUCCUCAAAGAAGCGUCUGGGAUGUCGAGGCUCUUAUACCCCUACCAUGAGCAUCCCAGAGAAAAGCUUAAAAAGAGGCAGGCUUAUGUUUGAGGAAAUCGAGGAGGAGCUUGAAGCUAAAAGAAUCAGAACCUCUACGCCUUUAAAACCUCUAGCUAAGCCUCUAUUAUGUGACUUAACUCCUAUACAAAAAAAUAGCUUUGCAUCAAGUUAUAUGAGCAAAACCUUGACAUCUGAAAACAAUCGUUUGAGUCUCAAUAAAUCAACUGAGGGAACUGUACAAGACUGGCUAGAAAAUUUGACCAAAGAAAAGCGCCUCUUGGAAGAAAAACUACGCAUCAUUAACGAAAAACAAACAAUUUUAACAAAGCAAACAACGAAAACUAGAAUUUCACCAGGGGUUUUAUAUAAAUCAAAAACCAAACAAAAUAGGAUGUCUUUGAAGAAUUAUUUAGGCAUUAUUGAUGGAAAAAUUGAUGACAUCACAAAUAAAAUCAAUCCACAAAAUGCCCAUCUAGUCCAUUUUACUGUUUCUGACACUAGUCAGUCUCAUAUAAAAACCUCAGACGGUGCCCAAAUAGUACCAAAUACAUCCAAUAAAAUAGGCUUGCCCGAAAUAGCUCACAGUUUUCAAUUAAUGGACAACAUAGAUCCGGCCUUGAUUCCAAAAGGCUGGAUUGACAACCAUUUUAGGUGGAUUGUCUGGAAACUGGCAAGCUAUGAAAGAUGGACCAAAGAGGAUUGUUUGAGUGUGGAAAAUGUGAUGCAACAAUUAAAAUAUAGAUACGAUUUGGAAAUAGACAAUGCUAAAAGGUCAAUUUUGAGGAGGAUAUUUGAAAAGGAUGACUGUUCUCAAAGGAGGAUGGUACUUUGUGUGUCAAAUAUAAUACAGAAAAACCUCUCAUAUGAACUAGAACUAACCGAUGGUUGGUACUCGAUUAGAACAGUCAUAGAUCAACCAUUAUGCCACCAAAUAACCAAAACCAAAAUUAAAAUAGGCCUCAAACUGAUGAUUUAUGGUUCGGAAAUUGUAAAUUGUGACCAAGGCUGUCAUCCUUUAGAAGCAAAAGAUUCAGUUUAUUUGAAAAUUAAUUAUAAUUGCACCAGGCGGGUAUUGUGGUGGUGCAAAUUGGGUGCUCAACAAGACUCUGGCCCUUUUUUGGUACCCAUAACCAGCGUAUCAUCAAACGGUGGCAAAAUUGGACGUUUGAAAUGUUUUAUUUUAAGAAUUUAUCCUGUACAAUACAUGGAAAAGCUUGGAAGUAAUAAUGUGUGGAGGAAUAGGAAAGCGGAAGAAAGACGAGAACAAGAGUUUUUUAAACAAAAAAAAUGCUCUUAUAAAAAUCUGCAAAACAUCCAAGAUCCUCAAUUGUUGUAUGAUCUUGUACAAAACAGCAAUGAAGGUGAAGACUUACAAGAUCUGCUAACUUCCAGCCAAAAAACUAUUCUCUACAACUACACAAUCUCCAAUAAAUCAUCAUCAUUUUCAAACAAAUCUCACCAGCGUGCAGUGACUUCAAUGCUAAAAUUAAAACUAAUAGACACUGCAACAAACUCCCUAGAAAUCCGAGACUUCUUCAUAUGGCAACCGAGCGAAAACCAUUUGGACGAACUCAAAGAAGGCGACAUUGUGAGUGUAUUCAAUGUCAAUUGUACAGCGAAAUGGGGUCUCGGAGCCAGCAAACUGACUGAAUUCAAACGCGAGGCUAAAUCCAAAGAUGAGAGAUUCGCGAAAUUCAAAAGGAAAGCUACAAAAAUUGAGGAAUUGAGUAUUGUUUUUAAGCAAAAGUUUCGGGAGUUUGAUUGCGUGGGGUUUGUGGUGAGGAAGCAAAUAGAUGUGGACUGUCAAAAGGUUUGGCUAGCGGAUAUAAAUAAAAGAUUACUCCUAAUAAAAAUUGAAGAUUCCCCAAACAACAUCCUAGUCUUGGACACAGUAAAAGAAUGCCAAAUAAUCUCAAUAUGUAACUUAUCAAUAAAACAAUGCUUCGGAAGGCAUUUUCUUGCCAUUGGAGGCCUGUCUGUGAUAUUUGCCCGUUAUUCCCAAUACAAACAUUUACAAGAAGCUUUGGAGCAGAUGGAACAAGACUUUGAAAAUCUGGAUAGAAACCAAUUCCAAGCAGAAUGUCAGCAAAAAAUCAUUAAAAUCGAUCAAUUGGAUGGCAUGGAGUCUUCCCAAAUGACUAUUACCGAUAUGGCUUUAUUAGAAUGUAUGGAAAAAUUUAGUUGAAAUAAAACGCAAAAUAUUUAACAAAUACAUUCAUAUUUUAUUUUAAAUAUACAAUACCAAGAGAAUCAAUUCAUUCCACUUCAUCAUUUUUCUAUUAGAAUAUAUUUAUAAUAUAAAACAAUUCCGGU